UAAACCGCACUAGUAUUUGAAUUGAGUCCACCGAACACGUUCCUGAUAGCAGCAGAAGAGUGAACCAGCUCUCCUUCCUCGUGGACUAGAGAGAGAGAGAGAGCCCAGUCAUGUCUGCUGCUGCAGCCUGCGCGCCCACGCGGCGGCUCGGGACGACCAUGCUCACGUUCGCGGCGCGGCUGCCCGAAUCGCCAGAGGAGACGGAGGCCCGUCGUGGCGCCGCGGCCGAGCCCAGGGGGCGCGACGUCGACGUGCACCCGCGGCUGUGGCAGGCGUGCGCGGGCUCCAUGCGCGCCGUGCCGCCCGUCGGCGCCGCGGUCUACUACUUCCCGCAGGGCCACGCCGAGCACGCGGGCGGCGCCGCCGUGGACCUGCGCGUCCCGCCGUUCGUGCCGUGCCGCGUCGCGGCCGUCAGGCUCAUGGCGGAUCCCGACACCGACGACGUCUACGCCAGGAUACGCCUCGUCCCGCUCCGCGCCUGGGAGCCGGUGGCGGACGUGGGCGACGCCGCCCUGGUGAAGACCGACGGGAGCAGCAGGGGCGGCGCCGACGGGGACGGGGACGGCGACGCCGGCGGCGGCCAGCAGCAGCAGCCCAGGCCGCUGUCUUUCGCCAAGACGCUGACGCCGUCCGACGCCAACAACGGCGGCGGCUUCUCCGUGCCGCGCUUCUGCGCGCUGUCCAUCUUCCCGGAACUGGACUACAGCUUCUCCCCGCCCGUGCAGUUCGUCUCCGCCAGGGACGUGCACGGCGUCGAGUGGACGUUCCGCCACAUCUACCGGGGCACCCCGCGCCGGCACCUGCUCACCACAGGCUGGAGCAACUUCGUCCACAACAAGAAGCUCCAGCCCGGCGACUCCGUCGUCUUCGUGCGCGAGGAGGACGGCAAGGUCCACAUAGGCCUGCGGCGCGCCAAGCGCGUGUUCUGCCGCCGCGGCGGCGGCGGCAGCAAUGCGGGCGUCGCCGUCGCGGGUCCAUCGGAUGGCAAAGUCCCAGCGGAGGAUGUGGUCGAGGCGGCGAGGCUGGCCGCCGCCGGGCAGCCGUUCGAGGUGGUGCACUACCCGCGCGCGAGCGCGCCGGAGUUCGUCGUGCGUGCGGCCGCCGUCAAGGAGUCCAUGCAGGCCCCCUGGUGCCCCGGCCUGCGGUUCAAGAUGGCGUUCGAGACGGAGGACCUGUCGCGGAUCAGCUGGUUCAUGGGCACCAUCGCCGGUGUCGAGCCGGCCGAUCCCGCACGGUGGCCGCAGUCGCCCUGGCGACUCCUUCAGGUGACCUGGGACGAGCCUGAGCUCCUGCGGAACGUGAACCGCGUGUGCCCGUGGAGGGUCGAGCUGGUGUCGAGCAUGCCCAAGCUGCCCCGCUUCUCGCCGCCGCCGCGCAAGAAGCCGCGCACGCCGUCGUACACGGAGACUCGCUCGGAGCGCCAGCAGCUUUUCGACCCCGCCUUCCCGUUCCCGCCCACACACCCACUACCACUGGCACCACCAUCACUGGCACUCCUCCCUGCCCCAAACCACGACGGGAACCGCCACGAUUUCGUCCCGUCCUUCCCGGUCAUCCCGGACAGCAUCGCUGCUGCAGGCAUACAGGGAGCCAGGCAUCUGCAAUUCGCUCCAUUCUUUUCGGAUCUUCACCUCAGCGACCUGCAGCGAAGCCUGCUGUUCAGUGGCAUCCAGCCCGCCGAUCACCAAGCCCCUCCCGCGCCAAGGAUCGCCACCGGCUUGAAGAUCGGCAGCCCAGCACCCCGCUCUCCAUCAUCCGAGGCCAAGAACGGCGACGACGUCAAGCCACCGGUGAUAAUGCUCUUCGGACGGGAGAUACUGACCGAGGAGCAGAUGAAAAGCAACAGCUCCACCAGGAGCGGCUCCUCGAAGCCCGACUGCGACGACGAGAAAACGUCCAGCACCUCUGAUCGCUCUGGCUCCGACGUCUCCCAUGGAAGUCCUGCCAAGAAGAAUUCGCCCUCCUUGACAUUGUGGUGGUCUGGAGACAGUUCACUGUCUGCGUUUGCGCUGGAGCCCGGGCAGUGCAAGGUGUUCGUGGAGUCGGACACCCUCGGCAGGAACCUUGACCUCUCGGCGCUGAGCUCAUUCGAGGAGCUCUGCGCGCGCCUGUCCAGCUUCUUUGGCAUCAACAACGCUGAUCUGAGGAGCCACAUGGUCUACCGCACCAUCGCCGGCGAGGUGAAGCACGUCGGCGACGAGCCUUUCAGUGUGUUCGUAAAAUCCGCGCGGAGGAUCACCAUACUGACCGACGCUGGCAGCAACAACACUGGCAAAUGAUGACCGACCAAUCGAGAUCGGCUGCGAUAACUUAGGGCGCUAUACUCCUAGGAUGCACUAAGCCGGAUGCACAGCCGAGCAUGCUGCCGCUUGCAUUCAGCUUUUCUUGGAUCGGCCUUGUUUACUUCCAAAAUUUUUUGCAAAAUAGGUACUGUAGCACUUUCGUUUGUUUGUGACAAAUAUUGUCCAAUUAUGUACUAACUAGGCUCAAAAGAUUCACCUCAUCAAUUCCGACCAAACUAUGCAAUUAGUUUUUAUUUUCGUCUAUGUUUAAUACUCCAUGCAUGCGUUUAAAGAUUCGAUGUGACGGAGAAUCUGAAAAAUUUUGCAAAAUUUUUUAGGAACUAGUGCAUCCUAGGCUUAGAGUCAGGAAACUAAGCUGAUGCGGUAAUUUAGUUCAGCUAGGUUGUAUUUUUAGGGCCCUUUUGGAUUGCUGCAUUUUCCUCCUAUUUUCUACGUUUUUUCUGCAACAUAUUCUUAUGAAAUUCGUCCUAUGAGUUUUCUAUGAAAUUCUUGUCUUUCAAAGGAGCUUGAGCUUCAGCAGUACUUUUGCCAUGGUUUUCUGCCUGCAGAAUAACUUUGACUGCCGUUUCUGAUAAUGCAGACAAAGAUGUAAUCUUAAUCUUUCAUCAAACUAUAAACCUGGCCUCUGUCAUCCCGACCCGUGGAGCAGCGGAGCCAGAGAGACAGGAGCAGCAGAUGAAUCGAUUGAUGAAUGCCUGGAAUAUUUCAUUUACGUCACUGCAGGUUCUGACGGAGCUGGGGGUGCCUGGGCAGCUCCAGGCGUACUGUGCGUUCUGCUGCGUAUCCCUGCUGCAGUGCGGCCAUUUUGAUGCUCUGAUGAUGCGCUUCGGCCCAACCGGCGCCCUGUCGUUUGCCUGCCCCGGCAAAACAAUUGCGCUGCUUGCCCGUUGAUGCUCUGAAGAUGCUUUGCUGCAUGCACGAAAUGGACAUCCCAGCUAACGCGAUCAGAGCGUGUUUUCGUAUCUGAAAUCAAGCUCUUGGAAUUUCCACGGCUGACUAAUCAAUCAAUGAGUGGCAGAAGCCGCCGGUGCUAACACAAGUGUUGGUGUUCGGAAUUAACCACCAU